CUCGCGUCUCAGUCCGCGCACAUGUUCGUGCACAUUAGCAAUCUGUGUGUUUUCGUACCUUCUGGGAAAUAAUUCUGUGACGUAAACCUAUGUUUUACAUUGAAAUUAAUGCCCUCUAAAUUGUGUCACUUAUUUACAAACUUUUAUCCUACUGUCAUGAAUAAUAAAAUAAUUAGUGUGAAAGAUGCAAGUUUAAAUCUUAAUGCAAUCGUUCAGUUAAUCAGUCAAAAUGAUGGUGUAAUAGCACUUCCAACAGAUACUAUCUAUGGAUUAGCUUGUUCCGUUUUUAAUACUGAAGCAAUUGAACGAAUACGUCGUAUUAAAGGUCGUUCAGAGACUAAACCUAUGGCUAUAUGUUUAGAUCAGGUAUCACAUAUCUCUCACUGGUGUGAUACAAAGAAUAUUCCAACUGGUCUGCUAUCAGAUCUUCUCCCUGGUCCUGUCACUGUUCUAUUACCACGUUUUUCUGAUAGACUUCAGGAUCCAUUGAGCACUCAUUUGUUAAAUCCAGGCGACAAGCGUGUUGGCAUUCGAAUACCAGAUUCCGGUUUUAUACGUAAACUUAUAUCAGCCUUGAAUGAACAAACUAGAUUCUCAUCAAUUAUUGGCAAUAAUGUUAAACAUUCUAGUGGUUGUGAUAAGCACGAUAGUAUCAGUAUUGGUGGUGGUCACCCAUUAGUAUUAACCUCAGCAAAUUUAAGUGGGCAACCGUCGGCGAUUCAAAUCGAGGAAUUUUCUGAAAUUUGGUCAUCCAUCGACUUGAUCAUCAAUGGUGGUCCUAUUCAAUCUGGUAUGUCCUCAGUAAACUCCGAUUGUAGCCGGGCCGGUUCAACCAUUAUUGACUUGUGCAACUGUGAUAAGUCUGUUUAUUCUGUAGUACGAAAUGGCAGUGCAUUCAAUUCAACGAUAGCCAUAUUAGAAGGUCGUUACAAUCUUUCUCUUUCCGAUAAUUUUUCCAACAUAAACAAUUGAAAACGAAUUCCAUUUUUCAUAUAAAUGGUUUAAAUUCUCCCGGCUAUUCUUCUUCUUCUUCUUCGUCGUCGUCGUCGUCGUUAAUCAUCUAAUUCCCCUACGCUUUCACACUGCUCCAUUUGUCUUCGAGUGAAUGUAUUCGUAUUAUUAUUAUUAUUAUUACUAUUACGUAACCACAUAUUUCACUUCUCUUUGCACAUUCAGGGAUUUCUUCUUUAGUUAACUUUGAUUUCUUAUGACAAAUUUGUUCACAAUAUGAUUAUGUUGUUGUAUAUGUAUGUGACCUUAUGAUGAUUUGCACCAAUAUUGUUAUUAUUAUUUUUUUGUAAUGUAUCCAUCGGUUGUUAAGAUAAACAGUGAUGCUAACAUUUACUUCUUAUAUUCA